AUGUACGACCGAUUUUACGGACAUCGAGAGAUCAGUGAAUUAUCAGAGAGUGUUAUCUCUGCUUUAUUCGCUUCCGUUUCCAGUUCUCAGACUCGACCAACACCAAGACUUGCAGAGUUUAUCGCUUAUGCUCUUCACCGUACCCGCCUUCCCGAUGAGAUCACUUUCCAAGCCCUCUUCUUGUUACGUAGGCUCAAAAGUCGAUUUCCAGCCGCUCGUGGAUCAUCAGGUCAUAGAUUGUUCAUCUCUGCUUUGAUGUUGGCAAGCAAAUCAUCUUGUGAUGAUACAUAUUCCAACAAAAGCUGGACGAUCGUCAGUCAAGGCCUGUUCUCACUACGAGAAGUCAACCAAAUGGAACGGGAAUUGUUUGGCUACUUGGGCUACAAGGUCAACGUUGAAUACGAAGAAUUGGAAGCCUUCACUUCUCUACUACAAGCUGGUCAACAGGUGUACAUCCCAGAUGUGCAUCCAGCUUAUCAGCAUUGA